GAAGCUCUAGAACGCGUCCCGGCGUCCGGACCUCGGUUCCCCGGUGAGUCCGGGACGAGGCUUCUGCACGAGCGAGCGUGCUGCUUCCCGCCAUGCCUCCGCCCCGGGGAGACGUGACCGCCUUGUGCCUGGGACCCCCGGGCUCCGGGAAGUCGGCGCUGAUCCAGGCGCUGUGCGCCGAGGAUGCAGACCCGGUGGAACUGCCCGAGGCGAUCCCCGAAGGACGGCCGGACUCCGGGGUGCCUCGCCUGAGAGCUGCGGGCCCGGGGCUCUUCCUGGGCGAGCUGAGCUGCCCACCCGCAGCGCCCGGGCCCUGGGCGGCUGAGGCCGACAUGCUGGUUCUGGUGCUGCCCGGACCGGAGGGGGCUGCGGAGCCCUUGGCCCCGGAGCUGGGCGAGGCAGCACGGGCCGCCCUGGCCCGAGGAGCCCCGCUGCUGGCCGUGCGGAUCCUCCCUGGCGACCAGUUGCAGAAGGACGCGCAGGCCCGGGAGCAGACCACCGCCCUGCUGGCGGCCGCCGGGCUGGGAGCUGCGCCCCUCUUCGUGCUGCCUGCGGAACGGGCCAGCAGCGAUGGCCUCGGGGAGCUGGAGCGCCUGCGGUCGGUGCUGAGGAGCCGGGCAGAGGCACUGCAGAGGCUCCUACCAGCGGCUCAGGAUGGCUUCGAGGUACUGGGUGCAGCCGAGCUGGAGGCUGUGCGCGAGGCCUUCGAGACGGGAGGCCUGGAGGCAGCUCUGUCGUGGGUACGCGCUGGCCUGGAGCGCCUAGGCAGCGCGCGGCUGGACCUAGCAGUGGCUGGCACUGCAGACACGAGCCGUGUGCUGGGCGUGCUGCUUGGACUGGACCCUGACGACGCAUGUGCAGUGCCUGCCUCUGCACCCACCCCUUUCCCAGCCCCUGAGCGCCCCAAUGUCGUGUUCUGGAUUGUGCCACUGGGUCCUACCGUCGCCUCAGCUGCCAGCACCCCUCACCCGACCCACUACGAUGCCCUCAUCCUAGUCACCUCUGGGGCACCGAUGGAGAAGGAUUUGGUGCAGGCGCGAGCCUUGGUGCCCCCGGAUGCACCGCUGGUCUGCGUGCGGACCGAUGGCGAGGGCGAGGAUCCAGAGGCUCUGGGUGAAGCUGGAGAGGUGGAGAAGCUUGGCAGGCAGAGCACAGAGAAGGCAGGUGUGGGCGGAUCGGAUCCUGCACCCGGUGAGGGGAGGGAGAAGCAGGGUACAGGUGGAGGAGGCCAGGAGAAGGCUGGCAGCGAAUGCUCACAGGAGGGCGAUGGUGGGACGGCGGCAGGCAGCACAGAUGCCCAGCGCUCAGCCGCGUUGAGUCCGGAGGACGAGACAUGGGAGGUGCUGGAAGAGACGCGGCCACCCGUGUUCCCCCUACGGCCCGCUGGACUCCCGGGGCUGUGUGAGUGGCUGCGCUGUGCGCUCCCCCCCGCCCAGGCUGGGGCGCUGCUGCUGGCGCUGCCUCCUGCAUCUCCUGCCGCAGCCCGGAGGAAGGUGGCUGCGCUGCGGGCAGGGGCUUGGCGGCCGGCCCUGCUGGCUAGCCUGGCAGCGGCAGCAGCUCCAGUACCAGGACUAGGCUGGGCCUGCGAUGUGGCGCUCCUGCGGGGUCAGCUGGCAGAGUGGAGGCGGGCGCUGGGGCUCGAACCUGCGUCAUUGGCGCGUCGUGAGCGUGCCCUGGGUCUGACCCCUGGAGAGCUGGCGGCGCGUACUCACUUCCCGGGCCCGGUAACGCGGGCCGAGGUGGAAGCCAGGCUGGGAGCCUGGGCUGGCGAGGGUACCGCGGGGUCCGCGGCGCUAGGCGCUCUUUCUUUCCUGUGGCCCGCGGGGGGUGCAGCGGCCACUGGCGGCCUGGGCUACCGCGCGGCACACGGCGUCCUGCUGCAGGCGCUGGACGAGAUGCAGGCAGACGCCGAGGCUGUGUUGGCACCCGCUGAGCCCACCCUGUGAGGGUUGGGGAGUACCUGUUGUUCUGGUUGCCAGCUCCUGAGGGCAUGAGGAUCCGAAGUCCUGUUGGGGGAGGGGCUGCGGGAGUGCCGAGGGUAAAGGAGCCGGGGUGUCCUUGGGAAUUCUGGGUGAUUGAAGGGGAUUGGGUCGCCUGGAUUCCUGGGUCAGAGGUGGGGUUGGUAGGGAGUCUUGCCUCCUGCAGCAAGUAGGAGCCUGGACUCCCACAGAGGGGGCAGGUCUUGGUCUCCAGGGGAGAAGAAAUGAGAGUUCCUGGAUGUGUACGUUCUUGAGGCCCUGGGCUGGUUAUCAGACAGGGAAGAGAAACCUGAGGGUCCAGGGUCCUUUCAGUCCUCAUGGGGCUGGGGUCUGCAGGAGCCCAGAAACCUGGGACCUUGGAUUCUAAUUCUUGGGUGGGGGGAGGUCUGUAUGACACUUGUCGCCGGGUCUGGGGGGGCAUGGUUGGUCUCACAGAAGUGGGAGAGGGCAGCCAUCUGCACGUGGUGGGCGCCAAGGGUCGUGGGAGACCAGGAACAAGGCUGGAGAUGGGAGGGCCACAUGAUGGCGACCCCUUCCAGAUGGGCCUGGUACAGGAGGGUUCCUGGUGUGUGCUCCCACGGUGUAGAUGCUGAGUGAGAAUGCCUCCUGUCUCUCCCACCUGGGGGGGGGGCGCUGUUUGUUCUUGUCUUGGUUUCUUCGGUUGUUAAACCUAAAUGUGUGCUGACCUUGGUCCUUUGUGCACCUGCCUUUCUGGACAAGCAGCUGCUUCUGUCUCCAACACCUGUGUGGGGCCGUCCAGGGGCUUCCCAAGAUGCACUGCCCCUAGAGGGUGCUGCAGCGAGCAGGGGUGUGUGGAGACAGACACCACAGUGCCUGGAAGGUGGCCAGAGCUGUGUGUCUUGGAGAAGCCACAGGCUCCUGAAUGCUUCAGCAUUAUGACCACAAGAGGGGGACCUGAGGAGCGGUUACAGAGAACCAAAUACAGGCAGGGCUGGCUGGAGACCCCAGCGCACACGGCGAGGCUCCUGUGUGCUUUGGUCCUGCCGUCUGCUCCCCACCCAGCCUGCCAGGCCACCCUGCCUAGGCCUGAAUAGACCCCAGGCCCUUGGCACGGCUGUCCUGUCUCCCAGAAUGCUCAGAGACAAGCCCUGCCCUUUCCUGUUGCUCACCUGGCCCUAUUAACCCCCACACCACCGUUGUUGGUCUCUGCCUGCCGAUCCAGUCCCGUUGACAGUGCUCUGCAUGUUGGCCUCCGUAGUGGGUGCUGAUGCUUUGCCUGUCUUGUCCUCUGGCACCCCGCCGGCUGCCAGAACUCAGCCGCCACACAGCAGAUGCUUCAGUCGUUGAUGAGUGGGAGGGCGAGGACCGGAAUUGCCACAGGAAGGAAAAAGAAGCGAGUCUAAUGGCUGAGAAGUCCCGUCUGAGGUGGUGGAGGAGGCCUGGGUAGCGAGCACAGCUCUGCCACGUUACACCACUGAGAUCACUGCCUUAUCCCCCCAUCGGCGAGCCGGAAGGGCUGGACCACAACCACAGGUACCCCCGAGGACUCCAUUUCCUGGAUGGCUAUAGACAAGGGUGAGGGACAGCACCCCACGUCCAGCCUGUGCCCCCGCCCCAGCAGAGACUGCCAAAGGGUGAAAUGACUUAAGACGGAGAAGCUUCCAGCUGUGAAAAUGGUGUCCUCGUCCUCAAGGCCCUUGGCCCCCUGGUAAUGCUGCUGGGGGGCCAUGUCGGUGCCCCCCCCAUGCAUGUCUGCAUCUGUGCCUUCUCCGUGCAGCUUGCAGUGCGCCCCUCCCUCAAUGGAGAUGAUCAAGACCGGUGCAGCACGAUCCUGUCCAGCAGCGAGACACCAAGAGCCACACGUGUGAUGUCAGACUGCCUAGUGGCCACGUUGCUGGAGUGGACGAAGGCCGGGGGCUCGUCGGAAUCCGUUCCCACGUGACCCAGCGUGCCUGUUACUGUCAUCUCUGCAUGCAGUCAGUCUCGAGUGCUGCUCGCUUCCUUCUUUCCGCUGCGUUCCUGGAGUGUGGUCAUUGGCACCGACCGCAUCGCCAUCAGAUAAUAAGCAGAAAUGCUUCGCCCCUAUUUAUUUAUUUAAUUAUUUGUUAGUGCAUGCGCUCCCAUCUGCUAGUUUAUUCUGGUUUAGCCACGUCUGGAACAUGGAGUCUGGAAUCCCACCCAGGUCCCCGUAUUGGGUGGCAGGACCCCAGGCAUGGAAGGCCUCAUCACAGGAGCCAGAGUUAAGAAUGAAGCUCAGAUGCUCCCCCACACACACAUACACAGACUGUAGGCCUCUCCCCCUUCCUGUGGCCUCCGCCAAUUCUGUCAGCCGCAGUGCAAGAACCAGCUUGAUAUACCUGAAUCUACUUGGUAGUCUUUCAGCAGCAGAAGUGGGUAUGAAUCUUUGAAAUAAAAUGUGGAAUUCAGCUGCCUACUCACAUUUGGGUGGUCACAUGGGGUUGUCUCCAUUACACAGGGGGUCGUGGCUGCAGAGGCAGCUCCAGGAUCUUGACCUUGGGAUGACCUUGAGAGUGUGAGUGGCAUCUACUCACAGUUAUUGUGAGAAGUCGAUGUGUGCAGGUUCUUGUGUGCACACACAGCAGCUUACAGCCCUUCCCGCAGAUGCUGACUCGCCAGGCCCUGAGCCCUGGGCACCUCUCUG